AUGAUGAUUAUACUCAUUCUCUCCAUUCUUUUUUAUCAAUCCACUUCACUUAGCGUUUAUAGUCAAAAUGAAGUUGAUGAAUUAGUUCAAAACAAUAAAUAUGUUAUUGUAUUUUAUUCAGUAUCAUGGUGUAUGCAUUGUAAAGAGUUAAAACCCGUAAUGGAACAACUUGAAAUAGAAGAGAAAACAAAUCACCCAGAAUUACUAAUAGUCAACGUAGAUUGUAGUAAUAAUGAUUGCAAUUAUAAUCAAUUUCCUAUUGUCAAUUUGUAUCGAGAAGGUAUUUUAUUUAGCUCUUUUGAUGGACAAAAAAAAGUUUCAACUCUUCAACGAUGGAUUGUACGAUGUAUGUCAGACUUGCUUAGUAAAACUGAUGAAGAUGAUAUUGAAGACCUUCAAUAUGAGAGUGAUGUUUUAAUUGUUGUACGAUUUAGUAAUGAAACGGUUGUUAAAAUAAAUUUUAAUUUUUUGGAACAAGUAUUAAAGCCAUAUUUUACAGAAAGAGUCAAGUUUGUGUAUUAUAUUAAGUCAUAUGAAAAAGCUAUGAAAAUAGAUAGUUAUGUUAGGUCAGUAUUUGACCCAACUAAAUAUAUAAAGAAAACAUUAAGUAUUGAUGAUGUUGGAGAUUACCUUAAAUUCUAUCUUAUGCAACACAUAACAUAUCCAUAUACUACAUAUUCACCAGAAUUAGAAAAUCAAAUGAAAUUGUAUGAAGCACGUUAUGUUAUUGUUUAUUCAACAGAAUUUAAAGAGGGAAUUGUUUUAGCAAAUUCAUUAGAAAAAUAUUGGGGAAAAUUACUUGGUUUUUAUGUAGCAUUAGGUUCAAAUAAUUUUGGAGAAAGUAUUUAUGGAAAGAAUAUUCAAAGAAUAUUUCCACAAACUAAUCACAUCAGAAUUAUUACAUGCAAUGAACGAAUUGUAUAUGACUAUUUUGGUAAUUGGGAUCAAACAAGUGUUAGUGAAUGGGUUGAUCAAGUGAUGAAUAAUCAAAUAAAACCAACAAUACGUUCAAGUAAAAUUAUUCAACAAGACUCUCUUAUUAAUGAACUUACAGCAGAGACAUUUGACAAAUUUAUAAACCAAGACAAAGAUAUUUGUUUAUAUGUUUACUAUAGGGAUUUAGAUGAUUCUUUUUCAUGUUUUGCAAAGAAUGCAAAAGCUCUUGAAAAUGUUCCAAAUAUUCAAUUUGGAAGUGUUGAUCUUUCUACAGAAGAUGUAAUGGUUAAUAUGACAUUUAGAAACAUGCCAACUAUUUUAGUAUUUAGAGGAAGUGAUCAUAAACCAAAUGAAAUAUCUGGUUAUGGUGAUGAAAAAGGAAUAAAUAAAUUUAUAAGAAGAAAUACGUUCUAUUCAAUAAAUAAAUUAUCGAUGUAUAAUUUAUUUGAAACUCCAAGCCAUUCAUACCAUAAAGAGCCAUAUCCAUUAGAACAUUAUAAAAGUCCAUUAAAAGAACUUUAA